GGAGGAAUAAUGAAGCUGACCCGGCACUUUGUUCUGAGAUUAUUUGGAUUCCUGUUGGCAUCCUUGGCUGCUUGGUAUUUGGGAUACUUUCUUGCUGUUCAUGUACCCCAAAAUACAGUAUCUAUUGCUGCACUUCAAGAGAUUGGAAAGAAACCAGUGUUGAGGGCCCCAGCCCCCAGAAGGCAGAAGUGUGGCCUCUGGGCUCCCUGCCCACCUGGGAACUUUGUCUAUCGCAUCCUCAGUGGUGGUGCCAAACACAGGAGGCCUAAAAUUUGUUUUGAGGAUGAGGAGUUUAUAAAUGAAGGGAAUUAUGAAGCUGAAAGUGGCAUAAUCAUUGCCAUUGUGAAUUAUAAAACAGGAAAACUCAUUUCGACAAAAUUUUUUGAAAUGUGGGCAAGAGACCACUCAGGGGAGAUGAUGGAUUUCAUCAGGAAAGCACCAGAAGGGACCCUCCUUCUGAUGGCCACUCAAGAUGAUGGCAGCACCAGGUUGAAAGAUGAGGCCAAAAAAUUAUUGGAAGAACUGGGAAGUAAAGAAAUAAAGACUAUAAAGUUCAGAUCAAGUUGGGUUUUUAUAGCUGCCAAAGACUUCACUCUGCCAGAUUAUAUCCAAAAAGAAAAGAUAAACCACUCUGACCAGACAAAGAACAGAUACAAAGGCUGGCCAGCUGAAAUCCAAAUAGAGGGCUGUAUCCCAAGAGACCUGAUCUGA